AUGGCCACCAUCUUAAGAAAUGAGCCAGCAUACCCAGCGCAAGAUUCUGAAGAUACAGCGAUGGAGGAUAUCGUCGUGUCGUCGAGCUCCACGGAACAGCCUAUGCCUGGACCAGAAACCGAGGCAGCCUCACCCUCCAGUACGUAUGCAACUAGUUGGUCAAUGGUUCCUGCUGCCUUAUCCCUCGGGGAGCGAAAUCGGCGUGAAAACACGUUCCUAGUACACCUGCAUAAUCGUUUGCCAGCAAGAGUCAUGCUCACAGACGUGGUGGACGAUUUGACAAUCCAGCGCAUUCUGAAAUCGCCUGUCAUAAAGGAACCAACUCUUUGUACAAUUGCCGAAAAUGCUACCAUCGAAAACCCACUGCCGAUCAAGACUCAACGACCAUUAACCACCAAGAUGCAGAACUUGGUGAGCUUCAAGACAUUCAAGCAUUUGUUGAUGGGCUCGAUUUGCCUCAUCGAGUCGAGCUUGCAAACGGCUCAACGUCGAGUAGCGGAGACGCACACAGCUACAAGCUCACUGGCGGUAUCUCGUUUUUGCGACGGUGGAGUUCUUGAGCGCGCGCGAGACCGAGCAGCUGCAAACCAGGUUGCGCAAACUACAUUUCAGCCGCUUUUGGCCGUGUCCUUGGUAGUUGUUUCUGGGUAUCAAGUCAAUCAUUCGGAGGUGAGCUGGUCUCCCUAUUAUACACGGGCCGAAUCCCUAAAAACUUUCGGGUUUUACUGCGAACUUGUCCAACAGAAAGUUCAGGGCCUUACCGAUCGUAUCAACGAAGUGGAGCGUGUCUUCCCCUCACGUCCAGUAAAUUCGAAGAAAAAGCCAGUGAUAAGUGAAACGCCAAAGCUCCACUAUCUCCAUCACAUAGCCGACGACCUUGAUCGGUUCGCAACAGCAAUUCAUUUCGAAUUUGAGAAAGGGGAACAAUUCAACAAGUUCGUUCGUGAACAUAUAUUCCACUCCAAUAGACAUAACCCUUCUCGUGAUGCUCUCGAAAUGAUUGGACGCCAGAUUAUGUUCAGGCAUGUAAUCGACGGUGGCUCGUAG